AUGACUUGUUUAGAUGAAUUGGCUUGUUUAUUGGAAUUAAAACCAGACACAAUACGCUCCAACAGCAGGAACAGCAAAAUAAAGACAAUUGAUUUAUAUCAACAGAAUGAAACAAUUGGAGAACCUUCUCAAGAUCAAGAUAAAUUUUAUCGAUUACCAGCAAUGGAUCCUGUUGUGAGAGAUAAAAAGCCUUGGAAACAAGAUGUAAAUUAUUUCAAUAAAUGUUAUAUAUCAUCAUUAGCAUUAAUGAAGAUGUGUAUUCAUGCACAAACAGGGGGAUCGAUUGAAAUUAUGGGGAUGUUAGUUGGCAAAAUCCUGGGUCAUGCAAUAAUUGUUAUGGAUACUUAUCGAUUACCUGUAGAAGGUACUGAAACACGAGUGAAUGCUCAGAAUGAGGCGUAUACAUAUAUGGUUGAACAUUUAACUGAACGACAACAAUUACUGAAUGGAAGAAAUGAAGAAAAUAUAGUUGGAUGGUAUCAUAGUCAUCCUGGAUAUGGAUGCUGGUUGAGUGGGAUUGAUGUUAGUACUCAAAGUUUGAAUCAAGGUUUCCAAGAUCCUUAUUUGGCUAUUGUUGUUGAUCCAGUGAAAACUUUAAAACAAGGUAAAGUAGAGAUUGGGGCAUUUAGAACGUAUCCUGAAGGAUCACAACAAUCACUGGCAAAUAGAAUCAAAAAGAAUCAAAAUAAACCCCAUAAUAAUGCCAAUCAGAAGAUUUUACCUAAAUCAAAGCAAAAAGAUUUUGGUAGUCAUGCUGAUAAAUAUUAUGGUUUAGAUAUUGAAAUAUUCACUAGUUCAUGGGAUGAUAAAGUUAUUGAAAUGUUAAAAGAUGAAGAUUCAUUGACUUGGAUGAAGAAUUUGUUGGUUGAUAGUAAUAAUGACAAAGUAUUAGGGAUUAAAAAAGAUGAAAUUAGAUAUAUUGAAUUGAUUAAGAAUUAUGAAUUAAUUCUGCAAGGAAAUUAUAAUGCUGAUGAAGGAGGAACAAUUUUUGAUCUUAUUGAACAAUUAAAGAAGCAAGCGAAUGCAUCUAAAUUGAUGCUUAAUAAAAUAACAAAUAUGCAACUUGAUCCAAAUUUUGAAAGUGUUUUGUAUAAGCGAUUGUUAAAAAAAUCCCAGAAGUCAAGUACCACCACCAAAAAAAAUAAAAGAGAUUUGGCCACAGAUAUAGAUGAUGAAACUAUGUUAGAUGAAAGUGAUUUGGAAAAAAAUGUGAGUACUGGUGGUAUUGAAACUAGUGUAAGUUCUGAUGAUGACGAAGAGGAAGAAGGGGAGGGGGAAGAAGAAGAAGAAGAAGAAGAAGAAAAUGCCCCAUCUAAAAAUGAAAACGAAGAUGACAAGAACCAAGUCGAUGAAGUGGAUUCUGAUGAUGAAGAUGACGACUUGUUGCAAGAAGUUAGUGCAUUAGAGAAGUAUAAUUUUGAUGAGCGCUAUGCAAACGAAUCUACAAACAGGUUUAUUCAUCCCAAACAAAAAAUGAAGCAUAAAAAUAGACCUAUGAUGUCAGAAUGGAGACGUUUUGGGCACCAAAAUCAACAAAUACCACCAGAUUAUAUGUAUCAAUGGUCAAGUAAUAGUGCCAACUUGGCCAAAGCAAGUAAAAUCAAUCGCAGAAAGGAAAGACUUGCUCGAUUAGAGGGACCGAAUAUUGAAGAUAAGAAACAAUUUGAAUUGGGACAACAGGGAAGUCCCGAAUCAAGAGCUAAAAGUGCAAACUUGGUUAAAUUAGCUAAAUCAAUUGGCUUAAAUGAAGUUUUUGAUUUGAUAACAUUAGACGCUCAACAGAAACUAUUUGGAUGA